CCAACGGGUACUAAACCACACCCAGCCCGUGUCGCAUGCACACCGUUGCAUCAGCAUAUUACUACGACUAACUGAUACCCCGAUUGACGAAUCGCAUGUUAUGUUCCGUUGCCGUGAGAUGCUGAUCUCUGCGGCGGGCCGACAUUCCUGUACGGUUGUCGGCUACCGUCCCUCGGCUACGUGAUAUGGGUGUGCGUCGAUGUGUCUUUUGAGGUUGGACGACGUAAAUGGCGCGAGCUACCCCUGUAGAUGCUUGGAAGUACGGCAAGCUUCGUAUAAGUGGAAGCUUGGGGCCCCGCGUUGUUGCUUGGUGUCUCUUAUCGUUGCGCCUUCGCAUUCACUUUGCUUGCGCCUAACGCCGUCGCACAUUGUAUAUUACAAGGACAGGCUCACCAAGUCGCCCGUCACGCGCUGAUACAGCGAUCAUGGCGAGAAUUACUGACGACCAAAAACCUUCGAUUGAGCAAAUCUCCGAUGACAAGAUCGCGCCCACGACACUUGAAGCUGGAAAUGGGCCCGUGGAUGGACAUCGCAAGCUUGUUGCGCCGCCGCUAGUCGCCGCUAUGAGCGCCGAGGAAAGAUUUGAGGCGGAAAAGAAGAUGAGGAGGAAGAUCGAUACGAGGUUGUUGCCGAUGAUUAUCCUGAUGUAUAUUAUGAAUUACCUCGACAGGAAUAACAUCGCUGCCGUUCGCCUAGCAGGUCUUCAAGAUGAGCUGGAGCUCACGAGUGUGCAGUACCAAACUACCGUUUCCAUCCUCUUCGUCGGCUAUAUUCUCAUGCAAAUUCCUUCGAAUUUAUUCCUUAAUAAGACUGGCAAACCGGCCAUAUACCUGCCUACAUGCAUGAUCGUCUGGGGUAUCAUAUCUGGUGCUACCGGCGCAUGCCAGAACUUCGCUGGACUUGUGGUGUGCCGUUUCUUCCUCGGGUUCAUCGAAGCCGCAUAUUUCCCAGGGUGCUUGUUUUACCUUAGCGCUUGGUAUACAAGGAAAGAAUUGGGUCUGAGGACGGCGGUGCUAUACUCUGGGAGUCUGAUAUCGGGAGCGUUUGGUGGUCUAAUCACUGCGGGGAUCACGAGUAAUAUGGACGGUACGCAAGGUCUUAGAGCUUGGCGCUGGGUGUUUAUAAUUGAAGGUGUCAUCACCGUUGCGAUCGCUUUUGGAGCCUUUUGGAUUCUGCCUAACUUCCCUCGAACUACUUCCUGGCUCACGGAAGAAGAGCGCCAACUUGCCGUGUACCGACUUCAGGAAGAUGUUGGAGAAGAUGAUUGGGUGUCCGCAGAGUCACAGACCUUCUUCCACGGCCUAAAGCUCGCAUUGCUCGAUAUCAAGACUUGGGUGCUCACCAUUCUCCUUCUCGCGAUUGUGUCUUCAGCGAGUGUUACCAACUUCUUCCCAACAGUGGUCAAAACCCUUGGAUACCCAAACAUCGAGACGCUGUUGUUGACAGCGCCACCUUAUGUCCUGGCAGUUAUCACGACCUACCUCAACGCCUGGCAUGCCGACCGCACUGGCGAACGAUUCUUCCAUAUUGUUCUCCCACUCUGCGUGGGUGUAGCAGCCUUUAUCCUGGCUGCAGCUACAACAGCUACCGCACCCCGCUACGUCGCCAUGAUGCUGAUGGUCCCUGGUGUCUAUACUGGCUACGUUGUCGCUUUGGCCUGGAUUUCCAAUUCUUUACCCCGUCCGCCAGCAAAGAGAGCGGCUGCACUAGCUUUCAUCAACGCGAUCAGUAAUACUAGUUCGAUUUAUGCAAGUUAUAUGUACCCGCAGCCGAAGAGUGGACAACCGGACUUGACGGUACCACUCAGUGUGGAUUGCGCAACUGCAGCACUGGCCAUCAUCAUGACGGUCAUCAUGCGGAUCAUCCUAGGAAGGCUGAACAAGAAACUUGCAAGGGGAGAACACGUUGAAGGCGCGAUCAACGCUGUCCCAGGAGUUGGUGCGGAGCGAGGUUUCAGGUUCUUGGUCUAGAGACUUGGGAAUUUGUAGGUCGUAUGGUAGACAAAUUGAAAGAGGCGAUGAGCAGUGGUACAAUCAAUUGACCCCCCCUGUUUUACUUCUUUGCCACCCCCUUCUCUGGG